AACCCUUGUUUGUGAUGGCAAAACAUUAAAAACAAGGAAAUCCCUGUAGUUCAAAAUGCCAUGGCGGGUUGGAUUUCCAUAAUUGGGUUCUCAUAUUCCAAAAGACCAGCAGAUUUUUUGACGGAUAACAAUCACAGACAAUUUCAGGUAGGAGGUGGUUAGAGAGCUGCUUGCCAAAAAAUAUCUUCCUCCUCCUCCUCCUCCUCCUCCUCUUUAACCAAAGUGUUGCUAAGAUCAGAUAAUGCAGGUAAAUUCAAUAUCAGUUUCCCAAAGACACAGUGCAACACUGAUACUGAGUAUAUCAUUUUUAGGUUCAGGUGUUGCUUGCUUUCUUACUGUUGGGACUGUGUGCUCGCUCAACAGCUUUGAUUGGCCGUGGCGAGCAAUGAUGUCACCGCCUGUUUUGAUGUCCUGGUCGGUGCAGCAGCUCGUGCAGGCUGAAGGCGAGAGAGGAGCUCCAGAUGGAGUUGGCGCGCGACGGGAGUAGAGCUGUGGCUCGUGCGACACGCUGGGGAGGCUGCCUCGCGCUGUCUUGAUGAACUCGACCUGCUCCCGCACACAGCGCAGCAGCCCGUCAUGGGGGACGGUGGCGCGUCCUCGCCGGUGAACAUCCAGAAUGGCUCGGGGAGCGGCGCGUCGGACGCACCGGGCUCCGCCACAGCCGCGUCCGAGCAGUGGAUGGCCGGGAUGAGCCUGGUGAUGGGUUUGAUCGUCCUGUGCAUUGUGUUCGGGAAUAUCCUGGUCAUCGUGGCCAUAGCCAAGACGCAGAGGCUGCAGACGCUCACCAAUGUGUUCAUCGUAUCGCUGGCGAGCGCGGACCUCAUCAUGGGGUUGCUGGUGGUGCCGUUUGGCGCCGCGCUCGAGGUGCGUGGCUCCUGGCAGUACGGCUCCUUUUUCUGCGAGUUCUGGAUCUCCGUGGACGUCCUGUGCGUCACCGCCAGCAUCGAGACCCUGUGCGUUAUCGCCAUAGACAGGUAUGUGGCCAUCACCUCGCCUUUCCGCUACCAGAGCUUGUUGACCAAAGCUCGGGCCAAAGCGGUGGUGUGCGUAGUCUGGGCUAUCUCUGCACUGGUCUCCUUCCUGCCCAUCCUGAUGCACUGGUCCCGGGACAGUGUGGACACAGCCUGCUACGACGACCCUGAAUGUUGCGACUUUGUCACCAACAGAGCAUAUGCCAUCUCCUCAUCCAUCAUAUCUUUUUACAUUCCUCUGCUGGUGAUGAUAUUUGUUUACACCCGCGUGUAUAGAGAGGCGAAAAAACAGCUGAGGAAGAUCGACAAGUGCGAGGGCAGGUUUCACAACACCUUAACCGGACUGACCUCCAAGUGCAAGAAGAGACCGUCUAAAAUCCUGGCGCUCAGGGAGCAGAAGGCGCUCAAAACGCUGGGCAUCAUCAUGGGGACAUUCACUCUGUGCUGGCUGCCUUUCUUUAUAGUCAACGUAGUGCGAGUGUUUUGCGCAGAGGUGGUGGACAAGGACCUUUUCGUGUUCCUAAACUGGCUGGGGUACGUAAACUCGGCCUUCAACCCCAUAAUUUACUGCCGGAGCCCGGACUUUAGAAAGGCUUUCAAGAGGCUGCUGUGCUGCCCGAGGAAAGCCGACCGCAGGCUGCACAUCAGCUCCUGCGACCUGUCCCGGUGCUCCGGAGGAUUUGUCUCCGCUCUGGAGCCCGGCACACUGGGGUUAUGGUCGGAUUGCACCGCUUUGGACAACAGUGACAGCAGCCUGGUGGGGACAGUAAAGCUGUCUCACUCUGAAUCACAGCUGUGACCGGAGAAAAAAAAAACUUCUGCAGAGGUGGAUUACAACAGCCUGCAUAAAGAUGGUGACCCAAGCGGGCUUUGAGUUCUUGAACAUGGGGUUCCCUUUGGAGGAGGUAUGCGCAAAAAGCGCUACCUUUUAGCCGAAGUGGGUCCAUUUUAUAUCAGCACCAGAGAAGUGAAAACACCGGGAGAAAUGAGCAGAAAUGUACUUGAAAGCAAUGCUUUUGGAAGACGCAUCGGGACUAAUAUUCAUUUCAAAACGCGCCAAUCUGCUCUGGACAGUUUAAUGUGGAGGAGAUGAUCUAAUUUGCCAAAUAAUAUCGACCCUAAAAAAAAAAUUUCGUGUGUGAUAAAUCGUAAUGGAUGCAUGCGUUUAAACGGGAUUCAGUGAGACUCUUACCAAAAGAGCGCACGCACGUUCCCGUGGCUACAUCAUUUAUUUAAAAUCCUUUUAUUUUAUUGCCAACAGGACAGUAUUAUAUAAGAAGGAACACGCAUUGAGGGGAAGUGGGUAUCCUGUGCGUUAACCCCGGUCUCCUGAUGGGUCACAGAUGGCUCCUAAGGUGACCGCUCAGACGCAGUGUAAUAAGCUGGCUGUUAUUUCCAAGCGCGGGACGUGAGCGAGCUGUUUGUCGUACUGUAGUCAUGCGUUGUGCUCACAGUGUGUUUUACCUCACGGCCGUCGACGAGCGCAGUUUGUACGACGGGUACUUGUUUAUAUUAAACAUUUAUGUAAAAUAGACGUAUUUAUUCCACGCUGUCUUUUACUACUAAGAACGUAAACGGGCGGCUGAUUCCCACGCCCUUUGUACAUAUGGUCUGUGGUGUUUAGUACUGAAGUCAGGCAUUUGAGCCUCUCUCUCUCUCUCUCUCUCUCUCAUUUCAGCUUUACAUGCUGUUGUCAGGUGGUGUGUUGACUCCUGUGAAAUAAAAGGAAGUUUCAUUGUUAA